UAUUUCAGUGAUUCAUUUCAGAGAAAACGAAACUUAAGUGUGGUGUUGCUGUUGUAUGUCUUUCUAUCUGCUUACAUGCAGUGAAAUGGCAGAAGCCAAUAUUUCUUCAGAUCAAUUGAGCUGUCCAGUGUGUUUGGAUCUACUGAAGGAUCCAGUGACUAUUCCCUGUGGACACAGUUACUGUAUGAGCUGUAUUACAGACUGCUGGAAUCAGGAUGAUCAGAAGGGAGUCUACCAAUGCCCUCAGUGCAGACAGACCUUCACUACAAGACCUGCUUUAAAUAAAAACACCAUGCUGGCUGAAGUGGUGGAGAAACUGAAGAAGACUAAACUUCAAGCUGAUGUUCCUGAUGAUGCUGGAGUUGGAGAUGUGGAGUGUGAUGUCUGUAAUGGAAGAAAAUGCAAAGCUGUCAAGUCCUGUGUGGUGUGUCUGAACUCUUACUGUCAAAAUCACCUUGAUCAACAUGAGAAUCUCUUUAAAGGUAAGAGACACUUUUUGAUGGAUGCCACUGGACGACUCCAGGAGAUGAUCUGCUCUCAACAUGAUCGACUGCUGGAGGUUUUCUGUCGCUCUGACCAAAAGUGUAUUUGUCUGCUGUGUACGAUGGAUGAACAUAAAAACCAUGACACUGUAUCAGCUGCAGCAGAGAGGACAGAGAAACAGAAAUACUUGAAAGAGACCCAGAGAAAAUACAAGCAGAGAAUCCAGGAGAGAGAGAAAGAUCUUCAGCGGCUGAGAGAGUCUGUGGCAUCUCAUCAGCGCUCUGCACAGACAGCAGUGGAGGACAGUGAGAGGAUCUUUACUGAGCUGAUGCACUCCAUAGAGAGAAGCCGCUCUGAGAUGACACAGCUGAUCAGAGAUCAGGAAAAGGCUGCAGUGAGUCAAGCUGAAGGACUCUUGGAGCGAAUGGAGCAGGAGAUCGCUGAUCUGAGGAGGAGAGACGCUGAGCUGGAGCAGCUUUCACACACAGAUGAUCACAUCCAUUUCCUGCAGUGUUUCCAGUCUCUCUCUGCACCUCCAGAAUCUACAGGCAGAAUUACUGUCAGUUCCACUCUCUCUGUUGAAGAUAUAAAACAAUCUGUCUGUCAGCUGAGAGACAAACUGGAGGAUUUCUGCAAAGAGGAGAUUAAAAAGAUUUCUGUCAGACACGUCAACAUUGUUCUGAUCAGAGAGGAGUUCCUACAAUAUUUCCAUCAGUUCACUCUGGAUCCAAACACAGUGAAUAAACACCUCUGUCUGUCUGAUAGGAACAGAGUGGCUUCUUACACUGACACAGUCCAGCAGUAUCCUGAUCAUCCAGACAGAUUUGAUUGAUUUCAAGUGUUGUGUAGAGACAAUGUGUGUGGACGCUGUUACUGGGAGCUUGAGUGGAGUGGGUGUGUGUACAUAUCAGUGUCAUAUAAGAGCAUCAGCAGGAAGGGAAGGAUAAAUGAGUGUGGAUUUGGAUAUAAUGAUCAGUCCUGGAGUUUGUUCUGUUCUUCCUCCAGUUACUCAUUCAGGCACAAUAACAAACACACUGAACUCCCUGUACCCUCCAGCCCAUGCAAAAUAGGAGUAUAUGUGGAUUACAAUGCAGGAACUUUGUGCUUCUACAGCGUCUCUGACAUAAUGACUCUCAUUCACAGAGUCCGGACCACCUUCACUCAACCUCUAUAUCCUGGGUUUAGUGUUUAUAAAGGAUCUGUGAAACUCUGUGAUGUAACGAUAUAGAUUAUAUAGAGAUCAUAUCAGUAAUAUUGUCAUACAGCUUUAAUCAGUAACAGUGAGAUGUUGUCGAGUCUUUAUUUUCUCAUUAUUAAAUCUAUUUUAUAUACAGUAUCUACUGUUGUAAUGGUUGAGUUGUUAAAGUGAGAUAUUAAUACUGUAAAUCAUGUAAAAUCCACAUAUAGACACCAUCACACCAACCCAAAUUCACAUCAGGGCCAGUAUUUAUUAGUGUUUUUGUAAUGGAGUGUUUACACACUCAAAAUAAUUCACUCAAGCUAUUAGAGAGGGUGAAAAACAAUAAAGAAUGUGAAGUCAUAUUUAUUUUGUCAGAAUGUUGUCUCUAAUCUGGUCAAAUCAGUGUUAUUAUAGUUAACAAAAACUGAAACUAAAACUAAAUAAAAACAUUUUCGUUAACUAGAAUAAAAAUAAAAACUGAAACUAUUGGAAAAAAAUUUCAUAACUCCAAAACUAACUAAAAUAAAAAUGGUCUCAAAUUUAUUUUAGUUUUAGUUUUGAUAUAUUAGGGUGAAUGUGGGCAAAGUAGGACACUUUUGAAAUUUUUUCCAUUUGUUGGCACUUUUAAUUACAAUAUGAUCCAAACACACAUAACCUAACAUUAUACCUUUGAAAAAAGCUUAGGGUGUCUUCUACUUUUCUAGUCGAAAGUAAAAAUGAAGAAAUGCUAAAUACUGGGAAGUGGAACCUUUGAAGACCCUCUUUUGACCAAAUCCCAAUUUUUUUAAGCAGUAAAGUGGGAAAGAGGAAAAAGUAUUCUCUAGAAAAUAUCUACAAAGUAUUUGGAAUUAAUUUGUAUAUCUUCUUAUACACUUUUACAUCAUAAAUCAUAAUGUAACACUUACAAAUAUUACACCUCAACAUUUUUUGUCAUUUUCUUUACCAUUGCUUUUCGCAUCGUUGGCCAUGAAAUGAGCUCUGCCACACAUCCCAAAGUAAAAUCAUCCAUUUAAAACCUCAAAAAGUUAGAGAUAGUUUACCCAAAAAAUGAAAAUUCUCUCAUUUACUCACCCUCAUGACAUCCCAGGUGUGCAUGAAUUUCUUUCUUCUGAUGAUCACAAACAAAGAUAUUAGAAGAAUAUUUCAGCUCUGUAGGUCCAUACAAUACAAGUCAACAGGGUCCAAAGCUUUGAAACUCCAAAAAGAGCAUAAAGACAGCAUACAAGUAGUCCAUAAAUGGUUUAAUUCAUGUCUUCUGAAGUAAUCUAAUCAGUUUUUGGAUGAGAACAGACCAAAAUGUAACUCCUUUUACACUGUACAUCUUGCAAUUGCAGUCUACAGGAACGAUCAUGAUUUCAAGCUCAGUUACACAUAGAGUUCGCAGAGCACUAGAUGGCACUAGAAAGUGUAAUAGAGCUUGAAAUCAUGAUCGCCAAGGAGACUGCUGAUGUCAAGAUUUACAUUAAAAAAAGACUUAAAUAUUGAUCUGUUUCUCAACCACACCAAUCAUAUCACUUCUGAGGACAUAGAUUAACUUUUAUGCUGCCUUUAUGUGCUUUUUGGUGCUAACAACCAUUCAAUUGCAUUGUUUGGACUUACAGAGAUGAAAUAUUAUUCUAAAAAUCUUCAUUUGUGUUCAACAGAAGAAAGAAAGUCAAACACAUCUGGGAUGGCAUGAGGGUGAGUAAAUGAUGAGAAUUUUCAUUUUUGGGUGAAAUAUCCCUUUAAUUGUUUACUUACCAAAGAUUAAGUUAGUAAUGAUUUAAGGAAAUUCAUAUGGAUACAAUGGGGAUCAAGUUUAAACAUCCUUUGUCACUUUACCCAUAUUCACCCUGUGUUAUAAAAUGUGCAACAUUUACAAUCCAGAUUAAACAUGACAAUACAACUAGAUAGCAGUAACAACAAGACUGCCCUGAGAAAUGUAACGAUGUUAAACAUUUUAAAUGAUACCAGUAAAUGCUUCUGCUUUGGCAGCAAAGAAAAAUACUAAAACUAAAAUAACUAAACCUAAAAUAAAAACUAACUAAUCUGAAACUGAGAAAACAAAAAUUAAACUAAAACUAAUUUGGAAUGACAAAUUGAAUAUAAAAUAGAAAUAAAAACUAAAUUAAAAAUCCAAAACUAUAAUAACACUGGGUCAAACCAGAAAAUCUCAUCUACAUCACAAAUGAUGUUACUGUACAGCACAGUCGCUAUGUUCAGGCAGCAGGAGGGAAAAAACUUUUGAUCAAAAAUGUUACAGUACUGUAAAAUCACAAUAGGAAAUACACUUACAUUGCCUAACCAAACUGACAUUUCUGUAACUGUAUAAUGCCUGUAAUAUCAACCCAAACUGUAAUAAAAAGAGAUUUGAGACUGGACUCUUUUGACUCAGUAAUCACUCAGAACACAAUAGCAACUGCAUAGCAAAGCACAAUAAAGACACCCAGAACACAUUAGCAAAAUGCAUAGUAGCACCCUGACAACUACCCACGACUGUAUCAUGCAUCAUACCGGUGACCUCUGAAUGUGUAAACACUAUUCACACUUUCUUCAGAAAAUGUGAAAAUUAUAUCUGUAAUGCAUUAGAUUACUGUGUUUUGUGUAGAUA